CGCGCCCUGGGCGUUUAACUUAGAUCCUCUCGCGCCUGCCCUCGACGAUGCACGGAAACUCGCGCCCGUCAACACCGAGCGAGAUAUCUACGAAGUUUUCCUGAAUUCCCCGAUCGACGAUCUGAUUCGCGCAACCGCAGGCACCUCCGUAGAUCCGAAGUACUUUAAAUAUUCGCCGUGUAUGGAUUCGAACGCGACAGAUCCAUUUUUCUUCGGCGCGCCGUACGAUUUGCUCAAAAACGGAGAAUUCACAAAGGUACCCAUGAUGAUAGGGCACGCCGAGGACGAGGGCGUCCUAUUCUUUGGGUUGACGGAGCGAGUUAUUUUGAAGAAACUGGAUGAGGAGUUCGAGGAGAGGCUUCCGUCCGUGUUCUCGUGGUGUCCGGCGAACAGAAAGGAGAUCGCGAGACAACUGCGCUCGCACUACUUCGGCGCGGCGAGCAUCAGCGGGGCUGCGGGCCGCGGUCUCGUCGACUUCUACUCGGACUGGAUCGUCCGUGGCACGCACCACGCCUUCCUGCGUCUUUUAGCUUCAGUUUCCCACGAGCCCAUUUACAACUAUAUAUUCUCGUACCGGGGCAGUAGAAAUUUCGCGACGAUGUUGGCCGAGUUGCGCGGGGGCGGUGGCUCGGGCGCGGGCGCGACGCACUCGGACGACAUCUUCUACAUGUUCAAACCGGGCGGGUUGCCGCUGCCCCUCACGCCGAACGACAGGACCUUCAUCGACAGGCUAACCCUCCUCAUCACAAACUUUAUGAGAUAUGGCGACCCCACCCCGCCGUCUCACCGCUCACCGCUGCUGCCGUUCCUGUGGCCGCGUUGGAAUAUGUCAAUGGGCCUGCAGCUGUCAGGCUCUCCGAAGCCGGUGCGGAGGCGUGCAGGCAUGGACGGCGGGCCGUUCUUGCGCGCGCUGUGUACACACGGCCGGCGUGGCCACGUGCCCUGCGAUAGCGCCGCGUUUUGUGUUACUAACUCAACCAACAGACGUGUAAACUUGGAUUCGGCUGUCGGCCCAUCUUAGCUGCACAAUCAAUCGAAGACGCCAGUACUUUCCAGCGAUGUAUCUAAUUCUAUCUCUAUGAUUAGUUCUAA